AAAAAACAUUACCUUACAUUCAAUUGGAGGCGCAACUUUGCAUCUGCAAGUUAGUAUGUAGCGUUUGCCUAAUUUUCUAAGUGCGGAAGACUUGUGUAAUCAUUUUUAUAAAUGCAUCAGUAUUCUUUCUGAUCCCAACUUACACAUGUUUGCUCAAAUUGCUUCGCCUGCCUCGUCGACCUAGGAUGAAAUACUAGAAUUUCAAUAUAUUCAUUACCCAGAAAUUCCCCACCAACAUUAAAAAGAGCCGGAAUGUGACGGAAAGCCUUCGUUUCAACAGUUCUAUCACCUUGUACAUAUUAAGACAUCUGGCCUUAGAUAUGGCAUGGACGAUGAAUCGAAUAAAUUUGGCCGUAAAUAAUAACCAUAGUCGUUAUUUGAUACACUGCAAAAAUUAUUUAAAAGAAGUUUUAAGUUCAGGAGUACUGGGUGCUGAGGCAGCCUCACUAGAUAUAAUUGAACUUAUACCUGGAGACAAGUAUGCCAAAAUUGAUGUCAAUUGUAAACUACCAGUAUAUCAUAGCUCCAAUAAACCUUCAGUAAGACAAACACCAACCGCAUUGGCAUUUUAUAUUCAGCAGUAUAUGAAUAGUGGGAGUAGUGAAUUGAGAUCACUUUUGCAUAAGGGUUAUCCAAAAAUGAAGAUUCCUGUUUUUCAGUUUUUUAUAACUACACAGACCUGUAUAGUAAAUACUCCUUCAAAUGAUUCAGAACAUUUGCAGUCAUCCAAUGAUGUAAUAUGUACUGCUAUUCCAACGUCUAUCAAACCUAAUAAUGUUUAUGGGUUGGAACGUGAUAAACUUGUCAAAAUAAUUAGUACAAGAUUGAAAGCAAUAAGGAAGAAAUCUCAUCCUUUAGAGUCAAUAAAUUUAAUAUCUGAUAAUUAUGAAGAGAUAAAUAUCUCUCCUGAAUCUAUUAAACGAGAUCACACUUCCAUCACUGCAUGGGCAAAAUAUUGGAAGGAGAGACAAGAUUGGAGAGCUAUAGCUAAACGCGAUAGAAGACUUCGUCAUCAAAGUACGGGACUAGAAUUUUUAACACAUAAUCAAGAAAAGAGUAAUGAUGUGGAAAAUUGAAACUUGACUAAAUAUUGUAUAAAUAAUACUUAUUAAGACGUAUUUUUUCGAAUUCUUAUGUUUCCUCUAAUAUAAAAAGUACAAUAUUCUUUUUGUUUCAAACAUGGUAUUUGUGUUCUGUAGGAUGUUACUAGUAGAGUACCUCUAACAGCAUUCGAAAUCAUCUAGUUCAUGAUCAUAUUCCAUCGACACCUAGCUUCUUACUUAAUUAACCAUCUCUCUCGUGUGCUGAACAUUCAAAAACCUGUUUUCAAGAUUCUUUUGUUUUAUUCUCAUCGUUUAUUAAUACUGACUAAACUUAUAUAACACUCAUUUGUUUGUCCUAUCCUACAGUCAGUUGUAAUUAUCUCAGUUUUGAAUCUCAUUAGACUAUCUGUUCCGUCAUGAUUAUAACUAGGUCUUCUGACAGUUGGUAGCAUGAAACCUAUGUUUAGGACUUAUUGUCCCAAUAUACAAGAAAGGAUUAUAACCAUCCUGUGAUAACCAUAGAGGGACUAGUUUGACUAAUAUAGCUUCUAAAAUACUAGCCUCAAUAAUUAUCAGGCGCC